GGAGAGGAAUGUGGAAAAAGAACAGGUUCUUUCUGGGCUCCUGAUCCAGAGGAGCUGCAGAUUUCUCCUGAUGGAUCCUGACACUUUCCUGACCCACACGGGGCUGCAGGCAGCCAGCUCUGCCUGUUGGACUGCCCAGACUGGAGUCCUGCUGCUGUCAGGCACCCCUGCCCCGUGCUGCUGCUCACUCACACCCUGCUGGCACUGCAAGAACAAAAUUACCCCAGCUUUGCUUUCCUCCCUCUCUCAGAGCAGCCUCAGCACCGGGCACAACUCGACAAAACCCACGCAGCUCUAAAGCUUCCACUUCAAAUUAAAAUUAAUUCAUUAAAAGCUGGGGAAACCUGUGCUUGGGACAGCAAACAGCUCAGGCAGCUGCUGGGGUGCAUCAAUCAAAGCCACUUCACUAAUUAACACCAUGUUCAAACUCUCUUGAUGCUGUGCCAUCCAGCACAGCUCCUGAAGCCCUGGCACCAAUCCUGCCCUCAAUCCCUGGUUGUGACAGUGCCCCAGCAGCUCUGGCUGCAUCCCCAUCCCUCCCCAGGCCAGCGUGGGACAGCAGGAAGGGCUGGGGCUCUCAGCAGCCUCUGCUUCGUUGAUUUGCUCUGCAGCACAAGUUCCCUUCUGCAACAGCACUUGGCUGGGCUCAGUACUGCCAGUGGGAGCCUCUGGCUCAUCUGCUCUCCCUCCAUCUUCCCCUGGCUUUAAUUAGCUGAUGUUUCCACUUCCCUGUUCCGUGGAGCAGGGAACAUGUGUGGUAACAAAUCCUUUUGCUAAAAAUACCAAUUGAAAAAAAAAAAUCAUUGGAGCGUGGAAAUGUGAAUGAAUCCGGCAGCUGUGUCAGCCCUGGAAAUUUCCUGCAGGAUGUUUGCAGAUUUGCAGUGAGCAGCACCUUGUCAAGCAGCCAGGACAUUCCCGCUGUGCCAGCCUCCAGGGCAGCCCAGGCUAUGCCUAGGAAGGAGCUGGGGAUGGCUGGCUGCAACUCUGGCAGCUGUGACAGCAUGGUCAGCACGGCCUCCAACCACUCCCAGCGGAGUGACAACAGCUAUGAUUAUUUGUCAGUGGAAGAGAAGGAGUGUUUGAUGUUCCUGGAGGAAACCAUUGGCUCCCUGGAUGCAGAGGGGGACAGUGGGGUGUCCACGGAUGACACCGACUCCGGGGAGCCCUCCAAGCCCAGGAAAGGCCCUGUGCCCCGGGAUCUGGGGAACAGGACUCCCCCUGCAAGCAGAGCUCAGAGUGGUAAAAGCAUCCCUGCCCCAGCAGCUGCUCCGGGCCCGGGCUAUUCCAGCCUCCCCAGGAACAUCCCUGCAGCAAAUAGAGCUUCUGGCAGCACAGGAGCUGUCCCCGCGGUGCCAGCAGGAAAAGCUGCCCAGGAGGUGCCCAAGGAGGGCAGGCUGGAGCUCGGCAGAGCAGGAAGCCACACCAAGUCGGUGAUGAUCCAACCCCCAGACCCCUUCCAGGACGAGCUGGAGUGGUCACGCAGCCAGCGCUCGGAUGCCAGGGGGGAGGCGGCCAAGGAGACCAAGAUUUGGACUUCGUGGGGCCACCUGGAGAAAUCCCCGCUGGACGAGGCCCCUCAGGACCCCGACACCAAGCGUGGGCCUCCAACCGCCCCCAAACCACGGAAACUGCCACCAAACAUCAUCCUGAAAACCAGCAGGAGCAGCCCCGUGCCCGAGCACAGCCAGAAGGUAAAGGCAGCACCUCCACCCUCCGCCAGCUGCCAGGCCAGCCCUGCCAGCGACAGCACUGCUGAGAGGGGGACUUCGGGCCACCUCGACCCCAAGGAGAAGGAGAAAGCCCGAAGGGAGGCCCUGCAGAAGCUGGGACUGCCCCAGGACAGGAGGGAGCCCAGCGCCCAGCUCCAUCCCCACCCCAGGGAGACAGCACUGCCCAUCCCCGGGCAGCCUGGGGAGGGCUCCGUGCCAGCGAUCCGGCAGAUGCCCUUCAAAUCCAACACCCUGGAGCGCUCCGGGGUGGGGCUGGGCAGCUCCAUGGGCAGCCCCAAGGAGCAGAACGGCCGCGGCAGCAGCAGCAGCUCCCUGGGCAAGAUGUCCUUCAUCGAGCGCCUGGCGCCCAGCUUCCUCCGCAGCCGGCCCCGGCCCGCCUCCCUCGGGCCAGGGAAGGACUUUGGGGGCCUGAAGGAGCAGGAGGAGAAGGACAAGAGCAGCAAGAGGAGAUCCCACCCUCUGCCCAGCUUCCCCCGGCCGCCGCGUGUCGCCGUCAGCGUGAAGAUCUCGCCCAAGGGCGCGGCCGAUGAGAACCGGCGUGAGGCGCUCAAGAAGUUGGGGCUGCUGAAGGAGUAGCUCGUGGGGCUGGUGGAAAAGGGGAUUUUUCACCCCAAAUCCAGCGGCCUGCACUGCCUGGGGCACGAGCAUCUGCUGCCAGCUCCUGCCCGAGAGGUGCUGGGAGCUUCACACCGAAUAGAGGAAGGCGGCGUGUACAGAAUGUUUUGUAUAUAGCAGGUGUACAGGAGCUGUUUAUGCAGCUCUCAGCGUGGAUGGGGUGUGCUCUCCUGCAAGGGCUUUGCUGCAUUUGGGGAUCCACCAAAACAGGGAAGCCGUGGAAUUCGGGGUGUGGCUUGUUUUCAAAAGGGUUGCCUGUGGAUAAAGCGUCUCCGGGGAGAACUGCUGGACUUUGCUGCUCCUUUAGGACUUUUUGGGGAUUUUUUUAUUAAUUUUAUCACAGCCUCUGAGACCUGAGCACUCACCUGCCAUGUGAAAGUGCCUUGCAAAACCAUCACUGCCUGCUGGGAGGGCUGGAGGGCUGCCCAGCCAUCCCACUGCCUCCCUGCCACACUCUGCUCUCCCACCCAGCCCUGCCCACCUGCAUCCAGCCCCCGGAGGAGGCUUGAAGUGCAGGAAGACACAGCUGAGGAGGCCAGAGGCUGUGCUGGUGUCAGUGCUGCCCAAAAUGGGGCAGAUGCAAGGCUGGGACAGCUCCAGCUCAUCCCUUCUGAGCUGUGCUGGCACCUCUCAGGCUCAGCUAAUGCUGCUGACACCCCUGGGGAACAGAGGUGGCUGAUGUCCCUAAUAAACGUGUGUGUGAUCGGAA